AAGGUCACAUGACCUGGGUGUGCUGUUGCGCUGUGAAGUACGUACACCUGCUAUUAGUUGAGACGGAACAACGAGUUUUUGGCGUGGAGUUGGGAAAAGCCUUUCGGAAAAAUAAUUGUGUAUACUUUUCUUUACUUUGGGAUUUUGAUCACGAUCAAUUUGUUUCCCGGCUGUUUUCACCGAGCUGAAUGACUUCCAUCAGACCUGUCAAUAGUUGAACGAGGAAGUGCGCGCUUGACUCAUCGGUGUCGUCGCACGGGCCGUGUCUACCUAUGGCUACAUGUCGUAUAUUGAUCUUUCUGUAAGCAAAGCACUGGUGUAUGCGAUGCAUUUCUUAUUUUAGUCCCACUGCGAUGUUCAGAGUUAAGUGACGUUUAUGAUAAAGUGAUUUGAGUUUGAUCGCACUGAACUCUCACAGGUGUUGACACAGUAUCAGGAUGAAUGAGUCCAGAGCUACUACAGCUAAUUUCGUCACUCUGUCAGUGGGUUCAGAUAAAAACAUGGAUGAUUCAGUCCCUUUGUCGCCGUACUCAAUGCUGUCAAAUAUAACUGACAUGUCUAACAUGACUGUGAUCAGGUCAAAUAAUGGAACUGAAGUAGUCGGGGACGACCGGAUCUUCCUCAACACCGCUACAGCUCAAGCCUUGUCAGGGAUUUUCGUUUGGUCUGCACUUAUCAUCACCUGUCAUCAGAUAUACUUGCACCUGAGGUCGUACACGGUGCCAAACGAGCAGCGCUACAUCAUCCGCAUCCUCUUCAUUGUCCCCAUCUAUGCUUUCGACUCCUGGCUCAGCCUGCUGUUCAUCAGUAAUGACCAGUAUUAUGUGUAUUUCGACUCUGUUCGUGACUGCUAUGAAGCAUUUGUGAUAUACAACUUCCUGAGUCUGUCUUUUGAGUACCUUGGAGGAGAAAGUGCCAUCAUGUCAGAAAUAAGAGGAAAGCCCAUUCAGUCCAGUUGCCUAUACGGGACAUGCUGUUUGGUAGGAAUAAGUUACUCCAUUGGCUUCCUGAGAUUCUGCAAGCAGGCCACGCUUCAGUUCUGUGUCAUCAAGCCCAUCAUGGCUGUCAUCACCAUCCUUCUGCAGGCUUUUGGCAAAUAUCACGAUGGAGAUUUUAAUGUAACGGGAGGUUACCUUUACAUCACCAUCAUCUACAACAUCUCUGUCAGUUUGGCUCUCUAUGCCCUCUUCCUCUUCUACUUCGCAACCAGUGACCUUCUGAGACCUUUUGAACCUGUCCUCAAAUUCCUCACCAUCAAAUCCGUCAUCUUCCUCUCGUUCUGGCAAGGUAUGGUAUUGGCGAUUCUGGAGCGUUGUGGUGUGAUCCCAGAAGCUCUGGUCAUCGAUGGUUAUUCGGUUGGUGCUGGUACAGUGGCAGCUGGUUGGCAGAACUUCAUCAUCUGCAUCGAAAUGUUCUUCGCCGCCAUCGCCCUCCGCUACGCCUUCACCUCCAGUGUGUACCGUGAGAAGAAGAGUGAAACACCAGAGAAUGUAGCGCCUAUGCACAGCAUAUCCAGUGGCCUGAAGGAGACCAUUAACCCUGGAGACAUGGUUCAGGACGCAAUACACAACUUCUCCCCGGCCUACCAACAGUACACCCAGCAGUCCACCCAGGAAGUGGUGCAACCCAACAUGAAUGGCAAACUAGGGAUCAACACCUCCAAGAGUUCUAAGAAAUCUGACAAAGUGAUGCUGAUCGACACGGAUGAUGAGUUCUAGUGCCCUAUCUGUCCCGAUCUUUCUAUUUAUUUAAUCCGAAAUGAAUUUGACUCUUUCUAACUUUAAUGAGGACACUAAUCAUGUAAAUCAGCUCAUGAUUUUUAAAAAGAGAGCUCAUAAAAGGGAUCUGGACAAUUUCCUGACAAGAAAUGAAAGUAGACAGUGUCAGGUAGGGGUUGUUUUGUUUUCUUUGUUGUAGUCCUGAGCUCAUCCUGUAUUGGGGGUUGAUCUGGCCCUGUAGAGAAGAAUCCCCUUCUCUUCUCUGAACCAUUCUGAGGCAUGGCUAAUAAACAUGAGGCAUGGGGAGCCAUUCAAAUGGAAUGAAUCAGGGACUGACACUUUGGGGAGCCAUUCUUGCAUCUGGUCGAUUGAAGUAUUUGCUCAGCAGCUCUCUGCUGGGUCUCAGGACGAAUUGAACCUGCUCUCAAAGAUGCCCUGGCUUUGGAGAUCGCACUUCAAACUGUUGUCUGCAGCUCUUUGAAACCUUUAUAUCAAUCAUGCCACACGGACAAAGUGGGGGACUGAGCACUGCCCCUGCUUGAUUUGGAGGAUCAUUAAUUUUCACACCAGGUUUUUAAAAAAUGUGAGAUCUGAUGCAAAAAGGCGAGUCUCAGCCGCCAUCACGUAAUUUAAUUGCAAAUAAUGUGUUUUCAGCCAUUGUUUGGUUGGUUAAAGCUUUAAUGUCUGACAUCUUAAGUGUAUAGUGGCACAAGUGUUACCGUUAAUUUGUUGAUGUUAAAUUAUGGCGUUUAGUUUUCUACUGUUUAAUUUUUUAAGGGUGUUUUGUUCACCUCUUUAAUGGUUUGCCUAAAUCAUUUUUAAACAGUCCAAGAUGAAAUGUAUGUAGUUAAGUAUCAUGCAAAGCUGUGGAAAUGUUUAUUAACUACUUGUUACCACAAAGCGAGUCCUUGUCAGCGCUUUCUAAACAGAACUUAGUCUUCAAAGCCCUGUCUUUUGAAGUUUCUGAGUGCACCCCUUGUUUUGGCUGGAUACAGAAUUGUUUUCAAGAUGUUUAUUUAUGUAUUUGCUAAAUCUAACUUUGUAAACCCAGUGGUUCAUUUGAUCAUGUUUUGCAAAUAAUAUAAAACUUAUGGACUUCAAAAUGUAACUGUUAUGUGAUUCAGAGUUCUCUUCACUUUGUAGACAAAAUAAAUGGACUUGUUUUGUCUUUAAAUUAGCCCUCUUUGUUAAACAAUGGUUAGGAGGCAGCAUUAUGGGAGUAUGACUUGUGCCAAUGGUUGCUGCCUUAUAGCUGUGGAUGAAGGAAGUGAUGUGUGUAAAUAGUAUAUUGUGUGACUCAAGAGUAUGAUAUCUAGACCUAGUCAUCUCUAAACAUACUGAAAACAGAAAUUUUAUCUACCUGUACAGUUGGUUUUGUUGACGAAUUCUGUUCUCGUAGGAAAUAAAUGAUGAAAGGGA